AUGCAGCUGUACCACCAUCCGUACUCCGUGGACAGCCAGAAGGUGCGCCUCGCGUUGGAAGAGAAAGGUAUCGACUACACCUCCUACCACGCUAAUCCGCUCACAGGGAAGAACCUGGAUUCGUCAUUCUUUCGCACGAAUCCCUCCGGGAAGCUCCCCGUCUUCCAAAAUGGUUCUCGAGUAAUCUACCAGACUGCAGAUAUAAUGCGGUGAGUUCUUCCCCGAUUCCCCCUGUUUUCUGCAUUCUCCUCGUCCUCUGAAGGAAGCAUUUCUGCUUCUUCUUCUUCUUCUUCUUCCUCUUGAACAGGUACAUAGACAGCCUCGUCGUCUACGAGAGCGCCGCCGUCGCCGCCGCCGGAGUGGCCGAGUGGGUGGAGAAGAUCGAUGGGUGGGAUUCGAAAAUAUUCACACUCGCGCACGUUCCGCAGAAAUAUCGGCUCUUCGUCUCGAGAUUCAUCCGGCGGGUGAUCAUCGCCCGGAUGUCGGAGUCUCCCGACCUGGCCAGCGUCUACCAUGCGAAGCUCCGAGAUGCUUACGACACCGAGGAGAAGCUGAAAGACCCGGACAUUGUGAAGCAGAGCGAGGAGAAGCUCUCCGCCAUCCUCGACGACGCAGAGGCGCAGCUAGGCAGGACCCCGUUCCUGGUCGGCGAGGAGUACACCAUCGCCGACUCCAUGUUCGUCCCAGUGCUGGCCCGUAUCGCCCUCCUGAACCUGGAAAGGGAGUAUAUCAAUGGAAAGCCGAGGAUCGCAGAGUACUACGAGAGGGCGAAGCGCAGGCCCAGUUAUCGGGCCGUCAUCGGCAAGUAUUUCUCGGGAUGGAGAAGGUACAGGACGCUCUUCAAGACCCUGUGCUGCCUUGGCGUGAGAGAUGCUCUCAGAAGAUACUGA